AUGAUGGUGCAAACACUGAAGGAAAAGUGGUCUCACCUCAGUUCAUCAGAAAUUUUUACGAAAGUUUUUCCGAUGAGCGAUCGGAGCAACAUUCUUAUGUCUCCUUCUGUCAGGAUAUGGAUUGAACUCGUCGGAUUGGGUCCAAAAGGGUGGCAAUCGGAGUUGCUGAAGGGGAUGCUGAGAUACAGAGACAGUACUCACUUAGUUGUCGGUGACAUUAUUGAAGCAAGUGAUAGUGGUAACAUCUUGAGCAAUUUCGCUGAUCAGGUGAAGCGGGAACUGCUUUCGCGAUGGAGAGAUCGUGGGCUCAGCGAUGAUGAAGCACUUGAAUUUUGUGGCAUCAGAAAUCUUAAGGGAGAAAAGCUUCUCGAAAAGAGGCUUUAUCUUGAAAUGUGGAUUGAACAUAUGUCCUUCAGCCAUGAGUCGAAUUCAGUAAAGAUGUUAUAUUCGUUUCUGACAAAGCAUUUGAAUCGAGAUGAACUACUUCGACUGCUUUUUAUGAAAAGGAAACCCUCUAGCGCAUCAGUUCGUCUUUCUCAAGUUGAAGAUAUGGUGAUCGAAAACAUAAAAGACUCCGCAAAAAGUGUUCUCGAUCUUGUCACUCACAACGCCGAUGACAAUAACUCCGAGAAAGCGAUCUCGUUUUGGUUACGAUUCGUGCAAAAGAAAGACGAGGGACCAGGGUUUGUGAUAGACACGGUUCUCGACAUGUAUGACGUAGAAUCUCAAGUCAUCUUGAGACAGCAUAUAAACAACGCCUUACAAAGAUUUGGUGUACAGCUUGACGGUCGCACAAACAACGCGUUCAACAAAGUUUCGGAAUGGCUUGAAUAUCAGGAUAAUUAA